GAUUUGUUAAGUCUGCUGAUUGCUCUGGCUUUUUCCCAGGGCGCUAAACAUAGGAAAUAUGAAUGACUGGCAAAGGAAAAGCCCGCUAGACUGGCAAGGUUACGUGGAUAAACAAGUGAAAGUUGCAGCAGCCGAGGAGCAUGAAUAUGAAGGUUGGGUCCUGACAGUUGACCCAGUUUCUGCUAAUAUUGUCCUGGCAAGUUUUUCGGAGAGUGAAAAGGUAGUCAUUUCGGUCGUCUCAGGCCAUGCUAUCCAGGAGGUCCAAAUCCUUAAAGAAGCGGACGAGGAAAUGAAGCAGCGGCUUUCCCGCAUCUUCGCCCCCGAGGAGAGCAAACCUUACAGCCCAGAGGAGCUGGAGCAGAGGAAGAGGGCGCCGUACGGCCCCGAGGAGUGCAGCAGCUCCAACGAGAUCAUCCUCUCCCGGGUUCAAAGCUUGAUACAGGGCUAUUUUGAAAAGCAGUUGUGA